CUUUGAUUCUCCUGCUUCUUUCGCCUGGUGCUAUUUUUUUUGUGUAAUAUAAUUUUCUAUAAAAACACAGUUAUUAUCAAUGCACAAGCAUUCUAAAUGCGAUAUUAAUGCGCUACGGGAUAGUUUCUUUCAUCAAAUUAUGAAAGUCAAGCGUUGAAACUUCAAAAGUCGUCGUCGUCGCCGCCGCAGUCGUCGUCUUGUGUUUUUUUUUUUCAUUUGUUUACCCUUUGUCUUGUGUUCUUGUUCUUCGUACAUAUUUGCGUUUCGUGUUCAGUUCAACCUGCAUAAAUCUCUGUGACGUCAUAAACAUCAUACGCGCCCCUUCAGGAAACGUUGACCUGACCAAACGACUGACUGACCAAUUGGCACAGCUUAGCGGAAUGUGGAAGUGCCACAAGUGCGGCAAACCCGUUUACUUUGCGGAACGUAAACAAUCUCUGGGCUACGACUGGCAUCCGGAAUGUUUGCGUUGCGAGGAGUGCGGCAAGCGGCUUAAUCCCGGACAGCAUGCAGAGCAUAAAGGAGUGCCUUAUUGUCAUGUGCCCUGCUAUGGAGCGCUGUUUGGACCACAGCUUUUUGGUCAUGGCACGCGCGUUGAGUCACACAAGAGCUUUGGAGUUAAAGGCACUCAGAAACCAGUCGCUGCUCAAGUCAAUGGUCCUGCCUUGCCCCGCGAUCACUUGGAGUCCAAGCUAAAGGUCUAUAAUCAGUUCUACGACAAUAAAAGCCUCGAAAUACGCAGCCGGGAGGUGAAUAACCGUUUGGUAUUGGAGGGUCCUUUGCGUGUUUUCUGGGGUGUGCAGGGCGUCAUUCAUCUGAAGGAGGACGAUGAUCAGCGCACGUUUAUCGUGCGUAAGCGGAACUCCUGUCGUACCUCCAAAGCGGCAGAUGAAAGCUGUUCGGACAAGGAAAACGAAGUCAGCGAUUCGGUGGCCCCACCCACGACCACAGCCAGCGAGGUGGAUCCACUUUCCACAGACAUAUCGUUGUCGGAGAGCAUGACCUUUGACUCAUGCAGCCUCAAUGAAAUUUCCGAGCUGCCGACAACGCCUGAAGAUGCCUCCGCGAAUACAGCAACUGGGAGUGGACAAUUGUUAAAUGGUCAGUCGAACUCAAACAAUGGAGAGGAGGAUACAACAACUACGGAUUCAUCAAGCACACUUAUUGGCAGCGGAUCGGAGCCAAAUACGGCCAGCACCAGUUGUGUGUCCAGCACGCUUCCUUCCAAGCUGGACAAUUUGGAGAAGCUGGACUGGGAUGACAUUGACGACUUGUUGCAAGUGGAGCGACGUCAUAAUGAAAAGGACAAGAUAUAUGGAACGAUGCCUCUCAAGUUACCUUCUUCAUCGUCGCAGUCGUCUACUGAGAGCUCGCCUAGCAAAUCCUGCACUGACAGCAGCUCCUCAACCACACAAAACAAUCAAAUUAAUACCGCCUCAUCGCCUACGACGACCACGAACAGUAGCUCGGAUAACUUUAUGACCGCCACGGGCUCCUUGACUGCCAAUACCAAUACACAAAAUACAAGCACAGUAACCACAACAAACACCACACUGGAUGAUGAUUACAAGACAUCUAACGAUGCGACGCUGAAGCCCAUGGAUUUUGAAGAUUUCAAGCGCAGUGUGCAUCAGGAUUAUGUAAAUGGUACAAACUCGUUUCAGGAACCAAAUGAUGAUACAUUGAAACGUAACCAGCCCAUUGAUCCCUCACGCAUACACGAUUCCCUUAAACUGUAUGGAGAGAACUCGGCCAUGAGCAAGAGCUUUAAUUGCGAGCAUGCAUUGCGCUCCAUAGAUCCCACACUGAUCAAUGAUACGAUGCAUUUGCGUAGCAGCAUUGAUUCCCCGCGCUCCUCGCAACGUCAAUAUGCCUUGCAGAAGAGUGGUUCGGCCUUUGCGUCGACUGCGCCCAGCAGGGAGCAACAUAAGCCAUUUGAGCAUGGACGCCAGCUGUUCGAGAAGGGCAUCAAUCGCUCCAAGUCGGGCCCCAGCUGUUUUGUCUACUCCGACAGUGAUGACGAGGACGAUGCGACGCUGCGCCCACAUCGUUUGGCCACUAUACGUCGCAGCGAUGUGCCUCAGAGAUAUAUACAAAUUCAAAUGAAUUGCUAUCCCAAAGAAGGUGUCACUGCUGGACGAGCUGCCGGCGAGUGCGAAUCGAACCGUGGAGACACUUCAUCGGUGUUGAGCGGCGCUGUGGCAGGUGACGAAUUAACCCAGACGGAGGAGCUUUACACGGCCACUGAGGGCAGAGGAACAGCUGGAGAUGGACGUCAUGCAGCUGGCAACGAGCCAGGCUUGCAUGUCACUGAGGAUGGCGUUGUUUUGAGAAGACCACCGCGUACAGGAGCUGCAGCAAUCAAAAGACGCAGUGGAAAUCGGCGAUCCCGAACGAAGCUUAAGCGUCGCUGUUCAAUUAAUGGACAUUUCUACAAUCGUGAGACUUCAUUUUUUACGCCCCCUUAUGGCUCCCAAAUGUCCGUUUGGGUGACAUCGCUGGUGACCACGCAAGAGGUGAUCAAUUUGGUGCUGGAGAAGUACAAGGUCGAUAGCGCAGCUGAGAAUUUCUCACUGUUCAUCGUGCGCGACAAUGGGGAGCAGAAGCGGCUGAAGGACAAUGAAUAUCCGCUGAUAACGCGAAUCACACUAGGACCUCACGAGGAUGUGGCUCGUCUCUUCCUCGUGGAUGCACGCAAAACCGAUGAAAUCAGUAAUGAAGUUGCUCAAUUUUUAAAUCUGUCGGUACCGGAGUGCCGAGCCAUUCUGGAUCGCUAUGAUCAGGAAUUGGGACGCGAAGUAGUUAAAAUUAGGGAGAGAUACUCGGAGCUAAAGCGUCGAAUUGUGACACGCAUGGAAUCUCUAAAGGUGCAUCUAUAAAUGCCAAAAUGAAUCUCCCAACUUUUUUAUACUUAUAGCCAUAAUGUUAAAGGCGGCCAAAAAAGCACGACAGCAGCCAAGCAAAUAGUAUUCCUUAUUUACUAAUUUCAUGAUCAAGUAGCAUUUAGGCCAAGUAUAACAAUUAAUUUAGCCAUUUUUUGGCACAAAACUCUCCCAGUGAACGAACAAAGCAACAGCUGCUGUUAGCCGCACUUUAUUUUUUCUGUUUACAAUUACAUUAUCCAAAAAAGCGAAACUAACAAUUCAUUCACACAGGCAUUUCCAUAUUAGAAAGCGUUUAAGACUUGUAACUAACCAAAAAUAAUUAUUAAUCUGUAAAACAAUACAGCACACAACAAAUUAUGAUACUUUUCACUGAUUUGUGUUGAUGAAAAUCAAAAGAAAUAUAUAUAAAUUUGUAUUUGUUUAUUUAUCUCUUAAGUCAUGGCAAUCAACAAAAAUACCAUAUUAAACAAUUGAUUAAAGUAAAUGUCACAAAUAAACCCAGUUGUAAUAACAGCUGCAAUUUUGUAUACAGCAACAAUAACUAAAUGUAACAUAAGAUGGACUUGUUGAUUGUAAAUCAUUUGAUUAUCAAAUAAAAUGUAAAGAUUAAACAAACA